CCAGCAGACUUGCAGUGUCCGUGAACGUUGCGUGCGUGUGCGCGGUCCGUCUGUGGUUGGUGUGCAUUAAUCACAAAACGAUAUUGUUAUCAGAACGAUAUGGUAGUGCAAAGUUCGACCGUCUCGUCGCGGGUAUCAUCGUUGUCGUGAAAAAAAAAAAAAAAUCGAAAGAUAAAACCGACGCAAACCUCAGCGCGUGUGGUCCGGCGAUCUGCGUCCGUCGUUCGUAGUAAUAAUAAUAUGUUCCUUCGGUCAUAAUAAUAUUAUUAUUAUUAUAUUACACCGUCCGAAAACCGAUCGCGGCCGUCUGGUGUCGAGUGCAGCUCUCGUGUUUAGAGUGUAGAGUUGUGUGCGUACCUCUGUUGGGUGUAAAAUAAUAAAUUAAUAAUAUAAAUUCGCGAGUGCAGUGCCCGUGAUACAGUGUCGAAAUCCGCCGUCGUCGGUAGUUGCUCAAUAAUUUCGUAUAGCUAAUAUCGUUAUGUUUUAUCGUCGUUGUUGUUCUUAUUAUUGUUAUUCGUGUUAUAAUUGUGACGAGGUGAAACGAUACGUGUUAGGCGUCCGAAAAUCAUAAUCGUAUCACAGUCUGGGUGUAACGUAGGUCUAGGUACCCGUUUACCAUAUUAUUAUAAUAUUUUAUUCGUGUGUCCGAAUUCCGAUAUUUUUCCCGGUAAUAAAUAAUAUGACCACUAGCUGCCCACUGGAUUUUGGAGUUGUGCCCCUGAAGUGGAAAUCGCAGCGGUGGCAAUCGUAAACAAAGUGUAUCCGUCAGUUUCCGCAAAUGACACUGCAAACGCACUGGACAGCACCAACUACUCGACUGGUGCGAAUAAGACUUUGAGGGGCCCUGAGCCCCUGUGGGAUGGACUGCCGUGGCGACGAGCUCAUCCAACACAAUAACAGAACAGCGGCACAAGCUGUGCCUUUUCAAUACCUCAUCAACGAACAGGCAAAGUCUAUCCUCGCUCUACAGGAAUUACAGAAUGAGGUCGGCGCGCUGUUGGAGUUUAGGGACAUGGUCAUGGACACGUUCCCGCACCUGCGUCACAAGCAGGCGUCCAGCCCGGAGCCGAGCUCGGGGUCGCAGGGCGUCGGUUCCGGUGAGAGCCGCUGGGAGCCCGGUGUGCGGGUCCGCCGGAAGUUGCAGGGCUCGUCGUCGGGAUGGAUCGCGGGCGGAGGCGGUGGCAGCGGCGUCGUCGGACUGGCGGCCGCGGCCGGGGCGGCGCCGCGCAGCCGGAGCAACAGCCACGGGAAGGGUCCGAAGAGCGGCGAACCGGCGGCCGCUUCGUCGGUGGGCACCGUGCAGGACAGCGGUUUCUGCACGGAGAGCAAGGACAGCAGCUCGACCAGCUCGCGGACGACGAUGACCACCAAGAACUGCGGUGGCAAGGACGACGAGGACGACGAGCUGUGGAGCCUGCUGGAGAUGAUCCAGGACAAGGGCACCAAGCUCAAGCUGGAAGUGGAGUCGCUGCAGAACCGGCUGCUGGUGGACGACGAGCGGUUGCGGCGGCGCCGGCGCCGGCUGCGGUUGCGGCCGUGCCGGAGCGUCGACGAUCUGCUGCAGCCAUCGUGGCCGCACGACGCCGACGACCUGCGCGCCCGUGGCUGCACCGCCGAUUACGACGUGUUCCGGGCGCACGUGGAAAACGUGAAACGCGAACGGGACGCGCUGCUCGACCGUGUCACCGAAAUGGAAGCGGAGAGCCUGUCGAACGCGGCGCAGAUCCACCGGCUGCUCGCCGAGCUCAAGACUGUCGUGUGCGAGAACAGAGAACUCGAGGAACGGCUGUGCGGCGGCAAGUCGCCGUCGGCCGCCGCCGCCAUAGCAGCCGCGACCAUCGCGUCGAGGAAAUCGUCAUCUAGUCAUAACGGCGGCUUCGCGCCGGUCCAGCCCGAAUCGUCGACGGGGCCCAGUUCGUCGUCGGCCGGCCGCGAUGCGUUCUACACGCCCAGCCAACAUUCGGCGUGCAACCUAUCGUCCAUCGAACUGCAGUGCGGCAAACUGUUGCACGAUGGUUCGUCGUCGUCCGCGUCCUGCGCGUCGCUGUCUUCGUCAUCAGCCAUCAUGGACGACGGCGGUGGCGACCGAGACCGGGACCGCCACCGAUCCAGGAGGGUCCUGCUGGUCCGGCCGUCCGACCCCAUUUCCCGGAACCUGGAGGGCCGCGCAUCAUCGCCGGCGCUGGACAUCGGGUCGCCGACGUUCGCCAAGCGGCUAGGAGCCCUGGACGGCGUGGUCAGCAGUCCCGGCGAUCGGAUCGGCAAACCCCACGCGCCCGGGUUCGGUACCCCAUUGCCCAAAAGAACCCUGGCCGCCAUACUGAAAACGUUCAAUCCCAUCGAACUCCAGCGACACCUCAUCACCGUAUCUUACGAAAACAAGAAUCUCGUUCGUCAGAUGGAGAUGUUGAACAUUUCCAAGAGCGACGUUGCCAACGAACUGAACAAGAGCAAAGAGGACAACGAAGAACUGAAAUUCCAACUGGAGGAGAAGCGCAUCGAGCUGGAGGGCACCAUGGCCCGAGUGAGGUUGCUGCAGUUGCACCAGGAGCAGCAGCAACACGGCCCCGUGGUCGCGGGAUCGCAGUCGGCUGGCGUCGCGGCCGCGGCCACCAACCAGUGGCUGGACCUGGUGCCGUCGAACCCGAUCCUACCUCAGAUCGCGCUUCCGGGAACGCCGUCGGCGGCGGUGUCCGCGAGCGGCAACAACCUGCACCUGCACCAACACCUCAACCACAGCCAGGACGAGAACGGCGGCAGCAGCAGUACCGAGUCGGCGCACCAGACCCGCAGCGGUGGCAGACACGGCGUGCAACAUCAGCCCAGCAAGAUACCGGUGGUCAAGCCGACGUCGUGCCCGGUGCAGUCGAGGCCGUCACCGUCGUACCGCGGCGGCGAUGCGCAGCAGUACCAGUCGUGGACCAAAUGCAAGUCGGACCAAUCGUUGCCCCGCAACUGGGAGUCCAUAAACAACAACAACAGCCACAACAAGAGCAACGGCGGGUCGUCCAUCGGCAGCGGCGUCGGCGGCGCGGCCGUCAAACAGCAGCGUGGCGGCAACAGACUCGACUCGUCGCAGUACCAGCAGCAGCAGCAGCAGCACAGGUCCCGAAGGGAUUCGGGCGGCGGAGCGUCCCUGACGCGUGCCCGGUCGCAAAACAACCACUCGCACCGGGGCGGCGGCGCCGCGGCCAAAGAGUUCGUCGGCAGGACCGCGUCGUCGGCCGCGGCCGCGGGUCAUCAGCUGCAACAGCCGACGGCCGACGAUACCAACAAGCCCGCCGCCAAGAAACUGUUCCGGCGCCGCAACCUCGUUAGGCAGAGUCGCUGCUUGAUGGAAGCUUGCAAGAAACCGGUCCUGCCGGCCGUCGACGAAGUACAAGAGCCGCAGGACGACUCCGUGGCCGCGGCGGUCAACCGGCUCCGCGACCUGGACGACGGGGGGACCGGCGACGACGACGACGAGUUUUUCUUCGACAGCAUCGAGAGCAGCCUGGCCACGAGCGCGUGCAGCUCCCGACCGCCGCCGCCCGAAUGCGAUUCCAUCGAUCUGUCGCAACCCGACUCGUCGUUGACGGCCACUUGACUGACGACGACGACGGUUUUCCGUCACAAUGUUAUUACUUAUUAUCGUAAACAUUUUUAUAGUUAAAGUUAAUGAUAUAUGUAUAGAGAUACUUUGCCUACGACCAUAUGGGGGGGGGGGGGGAUUUUGUAUUUUGCCAUUUAAAUUUUUUGUCACUCGCUCGUCUUUACUGCAUAACAUCGUCGUUAUCAUCCUUUAUAAUAUAUUAUAUAUUAUAACGUAACACACAUAUCAUCAUUAUCAUCAACAACAACAACAUCUAAUCCUUUUCGCGUCCUCGACACAUCCCCCAAGACGAUAUUUUGGGCUUGACGAUGAUUAUUGCCAUAUAGCACACGCGCAUAAUAUAAUAUUAUAGGUAAUAAACACGUACACGAUAUUAUUAUCAUAACGAGUAUAACACUAUAUAUAUAUGUAUGUAUGUGUAUUAUUAUUUUUUAAGUGUUUCGAUGUUUCAAAUCAAUUUUUUGACGAUUCGUUUGCCAUCCUCAUACACUAUAAUAUAUUAUAAUUUGUCUAUAUAUAAUUAUACGAUUAUCAAUGUGAAUUUUUAAUUGUUUUUUUCCGAAGUUUUAAUAGUCCGGGUGACAUCGAUGCAAUGAAUUGUUUUCUUCUCUCUUGUGCAAACCAACACUGUCUUAUUGUGUGGGUACGUUUUCCCUGCACCAUCUGGGUCGGCGACACUGUUGUUUGACUCUUCGGGAAAUCAUUUACCUCAUGCUAUUUAAGAAUUCAUGCAGCAUGAAUGAGUAUUUUGUACAAAUAUCAGACUCAUCACCUUGUAUUUUAACUCCUCUGUCGUAUCGAUUUUCUCGAAAAGCCUGUAAAAAGAAAAACACCUUUGGUUUACUAGCUAACGUUAAAAACGUUUUUCACCAAAAUAUCUUGCC